UGUUCCACCUCAUGUCUCUCCCAUCUCUCUCUGUAGCUCUUCUUCUCUGUGUCUCUCUGUUUGCCUAUGUCUGUUUGUCUAUCUCUGUUUCUGUCUCUCAGCCAGUCCCCUGGGUAGAACGGCAGUUAUCGAAUCAAAGCCCUACAGACACCUAACGGCUCACUCAGACACAGAGCACAAGGCCCCUGGCCCUCAUCCGCUCCACACCUCUCCCCUUCCCAGAGUACAGAGGGGCAAAUUGAGGCUGGGAGAUGGGCGGGAGGGCCUCUCUGAAGGCCUCACAGAGAUGCAGUGGUAGAGUUGAGACCCAAGCUCAGAUCUCAGGACUCUCAGUGGGGCCCUGGCUCUGUGUCUCUCCCCCACAAUGGGCCUCAGUUUACCCCUCAGCACCCAUGACAGGGGCAGGGGGACCCUGGGCUGUCUCCCAGCUGCUGCCGUUCCCCCUUCUACCCUCUCACAAGUUGGACCCUCAUGGUCACAGUGUGGGGCUAGCCUCACAAGAGCUAGGCUGGGUGGGGUCCCAGGGCCCCAUGGGUCAGGAGGCCUCAUGGCCAGAGGGUGGUGAUACUAGAGGGACAUAAGUCAGUCGGUAUAUCUGUGGGUCUGGCUGUGGACAGAGCUCAGCCGUGUCCCCAGAGUUGGCACAGGUCCCUGGGAUCCUCUAUCCCACGGCUCCUCCAGAGAGCCUGGUGGUAGACUCUACCGGCAAAGGCCAGGGCUCUGACUGCUCCCACCAUGAGGUCCUAGCUGAAGGUCUGCCAGCCUCAAUGUCCCCUUCCUUCCCUCCCCAUCUCUGGCAGAAUGGCUGUGAGUCUGGGAGCGCUGUCCCAGAAUGGACAGGGAGAUGGAGGCCCUGCAGGGGUCCAUCUACUGAUCACCAACAUUUUGUUAAGCAUUUCAUGUGCAUUAACUUUGGAAGAUGGGUACAAUUAUUGUCCUGUUUUACAUAUGAGCCCAAGGAGAGUUACAGCUAUUUGUUUCAGAGCCUGGCCCCAGGCUGGGGGAAGCAGAGGGGACGAUUCUGACCCUCCUGCCUUCACAGAACUUAGGAGGGAGGCUUGCUGCAAUUCCAGGCCUGGCAGGCGGGAGGCACUAGGAACUUCGGGAAGUUCCAGUGAUUUUGGACACCAGGGACAUAGGCCUUCACCUACUGAGAAGUUGGACCCAUGGACCCCACAGAGUCUGUGGGUUUGAGAUUCUGGGAUCAUUUGAAUCUAAGAAAUGAUGUUCUACGAUUCUGAGGUUCUAGAAUAGUACCAUUUGAAGACCCUGAGGGUCCCAGUCUCUGUGGGGUCUGCAUGGCGCUCCCCAAGCAUCAAACCUUGGGCCUCUCCAUGGCCCAAAAAGGGCCGGGUCUACAGGGCCCAGGGCUUGUCAUGGUGGCCAGACGGACGUCACUCACCACAUCCGCCAGCACCCACAUCACCCCACCUGGGCCUGGCCGGCUGCAGGACGGGACGGCCAAUUCUCGGAACGAAACCCGUGGGGUAGGGUACCUGCCCCCUUCUCUUCCUCCUUGGUGCCGAUGAAGCCCAGCGCAUCCGGCCGCCAUGACGUCAAUGGCGGAAAUAUCUGGGGAAGUCGGGGGCUGUGACAACAAGGCCCAGAUGCAGACCCCGAUACGAAAACACAAACUAUGUCCCAGAAACAUCCUCCAUGUGGCUUCUAAGAAAUAGUCAGAAAAGGAUGCGCCAACAGACAGUGCAGGAAGCCGGCUGCCCAAUCUGGCCCUCCAGGUACCCCGCCACGAGACAGACCAUAUCCACGGCCCCCUUCUGAGAAUGUAUCUAUGCUGCCCUGAGUCAGGUUGUUGCAGAUGUGUCUGAGGAGGCGAUUUCUCAUAGGCUCUGGCCAAGAGUCCAGGCAGCUUGAGAAGUGACCACAGGCUAGCCGUGUAGGCCAGGCCAGAGCGGUGGAAAACAUCCACUCAUUCACCAAAAUCAGUAUUGGUUCGCUCAGGUCUUCUGUGACAAAGUACCACAAACUAGGUGGCUUAAAUAACAGAAAUGUUUUGUCUCACAGUUCUGGAGGCCAGAAGUCCAAGAUCAAGGUGUCAGCAGUGUUGGUUCCUUGUAGGGCUACGAGGGAGAAAUCUGUUCUCUCUCCUAGCUUCGGAUGGUUUGCUGGCGCUCUGACAUUCCUUGGCUUAUACAAGCAACACCCUGAUCUCCGCCUUCAUGCACUCAUUCAGGCCCUUGUUCUGAGCCUCCGUAGACCCAGGCUCCUGAUUCUCACGCAGUAAUGUUCUAAGGCCCCGAGAGAGUAAGGGUUUAAAUACCUGGAUUCACACCCCCACCUCCGUCAGCACCAUAACUCUGGCAACCCCCAUGAGCUGAAAGCAAAGAAAGAAAGGAGCAACUGCCCCCUCAGAGCCCUUCUUCUGCUCCCCAGGGCUGCUCUCGGCAGCUGUGUGCCCAACCCAGUGCUAUGGGGCGGGGUGGGGAGACACACACAUACACACACACACUUUCCGGAGAAAGAAGUAGAGAUCUCAAGUCACCAUGGGGCUGUGGGACACUGUACCUGGUUGUCCCCUUCAGUAAAAUGGAAGUUGGGCUUGGCAGUCCCUUCCAGCUCUGGCUUCCUCUCGGAUUGGUACUCUAGCAUUCCGAGAAACCAAGGCCCUGCCCAUCGGGGAGUGUAAGGUUCUGGAGCCAUUCUGGAGGAUUUUCUGGAUAGGGCUUGGAUAGGGGAAGAGAGGAAGAGCGGGCAUUCCAGGCAGGUUGAAUAGCAUGAACAAAGGCUUGGAGGCAGGCCUGAAGAGCAGAGAUUGGGAUGAACUCCGGUGGGAGCCGAGUCGAGGAGCUCGCACAGGCCCCGGCUCAAGAGAGCCUGUCUCUCCUCCUCUCUGGCACCUGCCCUGCCAGCUCCAUGCGGGGCGGGAGCCCAGAGAUGAUCUCAGAUGGAGAGCUCCAGACUCCUGUACUCAGCUUCCACACGGCCUUGCCACUUGCAUGUCUAACACCAGAGUCGUCAUGUCCCUCCACACCUGGAUCACCACCCCCAACCCUGCUCCCCCAUCUCCCCCAUCUCAGGUCAUGUCAGCUCUGUCCUUCCAGCUGCUCAGCUAAUACCCAGAAGUCACCUUGACCCUCCCUCUCUCACCCUCCGCAUCCAAGCUGCCAGCAAAUUCUCCUGACUCCACCUUCGAAACAUUAACUCCGAACCCACCCACUUCUCACCAUCUCCACUGCCAUCAUCCUGGUCUGGACUGUUGCUUGCCUGGACUAUUACAGUAGCCUCCUCACUAGUCCCCCUACUUCUGCCCUCACCUUCCUAGAGUCUGCCCCCCCACAGCAGCCAGAGGGAUCUCUGGAGUCCAUGCCCACCUUGCACUCCCAGAUAUGCCCGUCACUGGGGUAACAUAAUGCUCCCAGGAGAAAAUCAGAAAGCAGCCCCCGUGGGAUCAGCAAAGGUCGUGUGGCCUAUACUGGGUUCAGGGAGGACAGGAGGGCUGAGGCUUGAAGAGCACCACUCAAGUGCUGAGACCUAUCCUGGCUGAGGCCCCACAAACCACCCCAAAUUCCCCACCACCCUCAGGGAGGACACCUCCCCACCAGGCCUGUGCCAGCGUGUACAGGCACGCUGUGUGCUGGCUCCGUGUAUGUCUGCACGUGGCGUGUGCUUGGAGACACAGGCACACCCGUGCUCCUGACACCGAGUAUGUGUGUGCACACGCGCACACACGUGACCAGAGCUGGGGCCCCUUUGGGACACACCCCAGCCAAUGCCUGCUCUGACCAGAGGGGGUGUCCACAUGGUUCAGAUGGUUGAGCAUUUCACACACACCCCAGCACGUUUGUAACUCCUUCCCCUUGUGUCCCCGCAGCCUGCCCUCGGACAAGGACCCAAUGCCCAACCCCAGGCCAGCCAAGCCCUUGGCCCCUUCCUUGGUACUCAGCCCAUCCCCAGGAGCCUUGCCCAGCUGGAGGGCUGCACCCAAGGCCUCAGACCAGCUGGGAGCCAAGGGCCCAGGGACAACCUUCCAGGGCCGGGACCUCCGAGGUGGGGCUCACGCCUCCUCUUCCUCCUUGAACCCCAUGCCACCAUCGCAGCUGCAGCUGCCCACAGUGCCCCUCGUCAUGGUGGCACCCUCUGGAGCACGGCUGGGUCCCUCGCCCCACUUGCAGGCACUCCUCCAGGACAGGCCACACUUUGUGCACCAGCUCUCAACGGUGGAUGCCCAUGCCCGGACCCCUGUGCUGCAGGUGCGCCCACUGGACAGCCCAGCUAUGAUCAGCCUCCCGCCACCCACUGCUGCUACGGGGGUCUUCUCCCUCAAGGCCCGGCCCGGCCUGCCACCUGGGAUCAACGUGGCCAGCCUGGAAUGGGUGUCCAGGGAGCCAGCACUGCUCUGCACCUUCCCAAGCCCCGGUGUGCCCAGGAAGGACAGGUCAGUGUGCAGGGCUGGGAAGGACCCUUGCCCUGCCAUCCCCUCCUCUGACACACUUUGUCCCCCCAGCACCCUUUCAACCAUGCCCCAGGGCUCCUACUCACUGCUAGCAAAUGGUGUCUGCAAGUGGCCCGGAUGUGAGAAGGUCUUCGAGGAGCCAGAGGACUUCCUCAAGCACUGCCAGGCAGACCAUCUCCUGGAUGAGAAGGGCAGGGCACAGUGUCUCCUCCAGAGGGAGGUGGUGCAGUCUCUGGAGCAACAGCUGGUGCUGGAGAAGGAGAAGCUGGGUGCUAUGCAAGCCCACCUGGCUGGGAAGAUGGCCCCAACCAAGGCUCCAUCCACGGCAUCAUCCGACAAGGGCUCCUGCUGUAUCGUAGCCACUGGCACCCCGGGCACCACUGUCCCAGCCUGGCCGGGUCCCCAAGAGGCCCCUGAAGGCCUGUUUGCUGUGCGGAGGCACCUCUGGGGCAGCCAUGCAAACAGCACGAUCCCAGAGUUCUUCCACAACAUGGACUACUUCAAGUUUCACAACAUGCGGCCCCCUUUCACCUAUGCCACCCUCAUCCGCUGGGCCAUCCUGGAGGCUCCCGAGAAGCAGCGGACACUCAACGAGAUCUAUCACUGGUUCACACACAUGUUCGCCUUCUUCAGAAACCACCCUGCCACCUGGAAGAACGCCAUCCGCCACAACCUGAGCCUGCAUAAGUGCUUCGUGCGCGUGGAGAGUGAGAAGGGGGCCGUGUGGACCGUGGAUGAGUUUGAGUUCCGCAAGAAGAGGAGCCAGAGGCCCAGCAGGUGUUCCAACCCCACACCCGGCUCCUGACCUCAAAGCCAAGGAAAGAAGGAAGGACAGGGGCCAAAACGGGGGAGUAGAAGUGGCUGGAGGCAGGGGUGACCGGCCCUGAACGUCCCUGCAGGGACCAAGAAGUAAGGUGUGCACCAUCUUGCUGGCCAGGGACCCUGCUCCCCAGCUGACUGCCCUCCUGGAUCACAUGCUCUGCACCAAGGCUGCUCAGAGGGACCUUGGCCCCAACCCCACACCCCCGCCCCAGCCCCCUGCGACCGGCUCUCCAGCCAAACUGAGCCUUCACAACCGACCACACACACAGCCUGCCUCAGUCGCUCUCACAGAUGACCUUAGGGCUGGAAAGGACACAGAGAGUCGCAAUCCUGUCCCUUGGACUCAAUACAAACCCUAAAACACGAAGAGCCUGCCUCAGUACACUCACACCACCUCAAAUCCGCAGUCACACAAACAGUCACACCCGAGCACAGUCCUGUCAACCCACAUGCCCCAAAGCACACACCCGUAGCCAGCUUCCAGGCCCACAGGUGCAGCGUCACACGGGGCAUGCCCAGACACCCGCACAGAAGCAGCCUCGGUACCUUCAGGAUCUCAGGUCCCAGAAAGCCACACAGACACAUGCUGGUCACACACGGUAUCACACAGCUCCCGACACAGACGCUCGGUCGCACAGACUUUCUGAACUCACCUGCAUAUCUCACACACCCACAAAGCACCCCAGUGGGCGUCCUGAGUCCCACGCAGACACCCAGGGCCAUGCACACCGACUCACCAAAUGUACCCAGUGUCUCACCUGCCACCCGCCCCCUCCCCCAUCCUGAGCCCUGUGCCCUGUGCCCCCAUCCAUGCCUCAGCUUAGACUGCAGACAGAGCCCCUCAUUUAUUUGAGAUCCAAGGCCCCAACCCCCAGCACCCUCCGCAAUAAACUGCAGCUGAGCUUCCA